UGGAGGUUCGUCUAACAUAACUGCACACCAUGGUAUAUCAUUCACUACCAUGCAAGAACUACUAUUUAUUCCACGCUAGUCUCCAAACACCAACACAUCGUCAUCAUUACUAUUACACAGGCAAAACCCUAGCUAGCUAAACGAGAUUGCUGCCGAAACAUGUCCACACAACUACUACUAACCUUCCUUUCCCUAGUCAUCUUCCUAUGGCAUUCGCUUCUUAGAAACAAGCACUCGCCGGUCUACCAAUGGCCAUUCCUGGGGAUGCUCCCUGGCCUCCUCUUGAGCUUAUCCAACUACACACUCCACGACUUCUACAUCAGAGCCUUGAGGCGAACCGGGGGAACGUUCCUUCUCAGGGGACCCAGUUUCGUCAAAGCCGACUUCAUGGUCAUGAGUGAUCCCGCCAACAUCAACCACAUCUUCAACAAGAACGCGGCCAACUACGACAAGGGCCGGGUUUUCAAGGCCAUAAUGGAGCCUCUAGGCGACGGGAUCUUCAAUGUCGAUGGCGACUCGUGGAAGUUCCAGAGGAGGCUCCUUCAUUCUUUGCUGAAAAACUCCGAGUUCGAGGGUCAUGCCGUGCAGACCCUCGUAGAGAAGAUGAGGAGCACCCUUUUGCCGGUCCUCGACCGGAACGAGGUGGUGGACCUACAGGACGUGUUCAAGAGGUUCAUGUUUGACAACAUGUGCCUGUUGGUUGUGGGAUUCGAUCCCCAAUACCUCCCCGUUGAGUCCGAGGGCGGCAGGCUCCCUGAGAAUGCGUGUGGCGAGGCGUUCGACGAGCUGGAGGAGGUGGCGGUCUACCGAUUCAUAGUUCCGAUGUGCGUGUGGAGGCUUCAACACCGACUCAAGAUCGGAAUGGAGUGGAAGUGCAUUCAAGCUUGGCGCACCGUAGAUAACUUCUUGUAUGAUAGCAUCAAGAGGAAGAAGCAAGAAUUAGCGACCAAACACUCCGUCGACAAUGAUGUGACUAAAAGAAACAAGCUGGAUUUGUUGACACAAAUCCUGGUCAUGAAAGAUGAGGGUGACGGUGGUAACAAACCAAUCAUUGAUAAAACAUCCGACAAGUUUCUGAGGGACACUACAUUAACGUUAGUCGCAGCCGGGAGAGACACCAUUACUGUCGGCCUAACUUGGUUGAUAUGGUGUGUGGCGAACCACCCCGCUAUUGAGAAAAGGAUUCUCGAAGAGCUGAGACAAGUGAUGGCGGCGCGACAGUCAAGUGAUAUUGAUGGAGAUGCAAGAAGCGGAUUUUUGAGAAAAGAUGAGUUGAACAAACUUGUGUAUCUUCAUGCAACCAUUUAUGAGACACUGAGGUUGUAUCCACCGGUGCCAUUGGAGCACAAGUGCGCCGUGGAGGCAGAUGUCCUUCCAAGCGGGCACACGGUACGUAAAGAAGAGAGGAUAAUAUUCUCCAUAUACGCCAUGGCUAGGAUGGAGGAGAUAUGGGGAGAGGAUUGCAUGGAGUUCAAACCGGAGAGGUGGAUUUCCGAGAAAGGGACCAUACUACGUGUCCCAUCGUACAAGUUCAUGACCUUCUUGGCUGGGGCAAGGACCUGUUUGGGAAAGAAUAUGGCAAUCACGCAAGUCAAGUCUCUGGCAAGUGCUCUCCUUUGGAACUACAAAUUUGAACUUAUAGAUGAUGGGUCCUCCGGUAAGCCGACAGUUAGCAUGGUGUUGUUCAUGAAAGAUGGGCUGAAGACUAGAGUCUCUAAGAGAGACCAUUGAGAAUAAUAUUGUUCUAUGUUGCUCUCUUAAUGUAUGUUUAAUGUGGUGGUCUAGUUGAAGUGCUUCAUCUAUUUGUCGCUAUGUCUAGGGUUUGCAUUAAUGAGUCGUGUGAGGUCUACUUCUUUUGAUUAUUUGUGUUGUCCAUGUGUUUCAUCCAACUACAUUGGAUGAACUAGCUAUUUAUUUUCCCUAUUGAUGAUAUGUUCUUCUUGUGAGCAAUGUUGUCAAAAACGAG